UAAUGUUUGCACGAAACAAACAUACUUUAAUAUGUCGGUCAAAUUAUUAUUAAUGGUUCUAACAGUUUUAAGUAGUGGUAUCAAAGUGAACUCAUUGAAUAUUUUAGGAGUGUUUCCGUUUCCAGCAAAGACCCAUUUUUUCGUAUUUGCGCCCUAUCUGAAGGAAUUAGCAGAUCGGGGCCAUAAUGUAACAGUAAUAUCUUAUUACCCUCGUACAGAGCCUAUACCAAAUUAUCAUGACAUCGGUUUGAACAAGGCCUUACAGUAUUUAACACCAAGUCAUCCAAUUAGUACUUCGAUUUUUGUGAGUUAUCUUUCUCUUACUCUAGUCCACAUGAUCGGUGGCCCUGUUGCUUGUAAACUCUUAGUUGAAGAUGAAAAUGUGCAAGAUUUGUUGGAAUCCCGACCGCUGUUCGAUCUAGUUGUUGUGGAGCAGUUUAACAGCGACUGUGCUUUAGGAUUAGCUCACAAAUUCGAAGCACCAGUUAUUGGAAUCACCUCCCAUAUGCUGUUACCUUGGCAUUACAGAAGAUUCGGCGUUCCGUAUAAUCCCUCUUACGUAAUGUACGAUUUUCUGAAAGGUGGUACGAAACCAACAUUCUUCGAAAGAAUUAAGAGAACCAUUUUGUAUCAGCAUAUAAAUUUUAUUCAUGAAUACAUUACCCAUACCCUAGAACAGAAUAUUAUAGAAGAACAUAUUGGUGAAGUACCGCCUCUAGGGGAGUUGGCAAAAGAUAUUAAACUGGUCCUUGUGUAUCAAAACAUGAUGCUGACUGGUUCAACAAUUGCACCACCCAAUAUAAUAGAAGUCGGAGGUUAUCAUGUAGCCAAGCCGAAGCCUUUACCUAAUGAUUUGAGAAAAUUUAUCGAAGAGUCUGAACAUGGAGUAAUUUAUAUCAGUUUCGGAACAAUACUAAAUGCUGCGUCGAUGCCCAAAGAUAAAUUACAGCAUAUUAUAGAAGGACUAGCUGAAUUACCGCAACGUGUUAUUUGGAGGUGGAACAAAAAAUUUCUUCCAGGCAACCCGAAAAAUAUUUUCAUAUCUAAGUGGUUGCCUCAAAAUGACAUUCUAGCGCAUCCAAAUGUCCUAGCUUUCUUUUCGCACUGUGGAUUAUUGGGUACGACGGAAGCAAUGUAUCACGGUGUUCCAAUAGUAGGAUUGCCUAUCUACGGUGACCAAAGCACAAAUGCCGCAGCUAUCGAGGAAAGUGGCCUUGGUGUUCAGACGUCCUUAGAUCUUAUAUCAAAGGAGUAUAUAUUAGAGAAAUUUCUGAAAGUCUUGGAUCCAGCGUUUCGAGAAAAGGUCAAAUAUCUGUCCAGGGCGUGGCAUGAUAGACCAUUAAAGGCAAUGGAUAGUGCAAUCCAUUGGACGGAAUUUGCGGCUAAAUACCGAAACUUCACAUUCAGAUCUCCUGCCGCUGAUGUUCCUCUUUAUCAGUAUCUCUGUUUAGAUGUUAUAUCAGCUUUAAUUAUGAUUUUUGCAAUGAGUAUUCUGCUUUUUAAAUAUGUUGUAUGGGCUGUAGCGAAAAAAAUAUUUGGUACAUUCAUAUCACGAGGAAGAAUUAGACCAAAAAAAAAAGUUACCAUGAACUGUCAUACAAAAAUAAUAGCGUUACUUUUCAUAAUAUUCAAUACUGUGAAUGGACUUAACAUACUUACAAUAUUUCCAUAUCAUGGAAAGAGUCAUUUUUUCGUGUUUAAAGUGUACAUUCAGGAACUAGUGAGACGCGGACAUAAUGUAACUGUGAUAUCACACUUUCCGGAGGCCAAUCCAGGCAAAAACUACCACGACAUAAGUUUAGCGGGAAGCAUUAAAAUUUUAGAAGAUGACCAAUCUUUUCACAGGUCACUUUUGACUGUACUAGAAGUUGGAUUAUUUUUAUCAAAUACAGGAAAAGAAAACUGCGAAGUAAUGUUAGGGAACAAAGCUGUUAGAGAUGUCAUUGACCGAAAACAAAAAUUCGAUGUAAUAGUCAUUGAACAGUUUAACAGUGAUUGUGGUCUUGGUAUUGCAUACAAGUUACGAGCACCCGUGGUUGGUAUUACCUCACAUAUUUUAAUGCCAUGGCACUAUAAUAGGUUUGGUAUACCGAGUAACCCAUCAUUUGUUCCCUUCCACUUUUUGGAAGGAGGAACGAGGCCCACGUUCUUUCAAAGAAUCGAAAGAAUUGUUUUAGAUGUUUACUUCAAGACACUAUUCUAUUUUAUAAGUCAAAGGAACAACCAAAAUGAAUUAGCUAAAUAUUAUGAUGACAUCCCACCUUUAGAAGAUUUAGCACGGGAAAUUAAAUUCCUGCUUUUAUAUCACAAUUUCGUUCUUACUGGAUCGAGAUUAUUUCCUGCGAAUGUAAAAGAAGUAGGUGGAUAUCACGUGAGAGAAGCAAAACCUUUAUCCGGUGAUUUGCUAAAGUUCUUUGAGGAAUCAGAGCACGGGGUGAUCUACGUUAGUUUUGGAUCUGUCGUCAAAAGCUCUACUAUGCCAGCAGACAAAGUCAAAGAUGUUUUAAACGUAAUGUCACAACUGCCUCAAAGAUUUAUUUGGAAAUGGGAAACCAAAGCAAUGUUGAUGGACAAAAAUAAACUUUACAUUUCCGAAUGGCUGCCGCAAAUAGAUAUUUUAGGUCAUCCCAAAACUUUAGCAUUCUGGUCACAUUCUGGUAUGGGUAGUACUAUAGAAGCCAUACAUUACGGAGUGCCAAUGGUAGCUAUGCCCGUAAUUGGAGAUCAGCCAGCAAAUGCUGCUGCUGUAGAAGAAAGUGGACUUGGAGUUCAAUUGCAAAUGAGAGAUUUAAAUAAAGAGAAUUUACUCGCAGCCUUUAAAAAGGUGCUAGACCCCAAGUUCAGAGAAAAUGUCAAGCUAGUAUCAAAAGCCUGGCAUGACCGUCCAAUAUCACCAUUGGAGUCUGCCGUUUACUGGACGGAGUUUGCGGCGCGCUAUCCGAACCUUAAUUUUACUGCUGCAGCAGCAAAAGUUCCUUGUUAUCAGUAUUAUAAUCUUGAUGUGAUAGCUGUGUUUAUUGUAUUGUUCCUAAUUGUUAUAUACGGAAGUAAAAGGAUCUUAUUAUUAUGUUGCCGAAAAGCGCCAACUCAGGAACAAAGCAUUCGUAACAAGAGUAAGAAAAGGUCGAAGCGAGAAUAAUUUGAUUGGGCAUCAGAGAAAUACUUCUCCUAUCUUCUUAAUUUUUAACCUUUUAAUCUCUCAUAAUAUUCGCAGUAAAAUAUGUACUUAUCUCCUGCUAAUGCUCGAACGGUAUACUUACUAGGUAUAAUAUGUAAUUUAACAAUCUCGGUAGGGUCCUUCAAGGAGAAUCCAUCUUUGUCUUGCAUCCUUCAACUCAAGAUCUUCAUGAGAUCCUUUCUAAAUUUAAUCCUUUUAAAUAUUGUUUUAGCUAAUGAUAGUCUUCUAAUAUGUUGUUGUUCAGACAAAUUCAAGUUUUUUUUAGUUAAGACCACUUUCCGGGGACAUCAGCAGACUCUUGGCAGUUGACCACGUAAGGAAAUAGUAGCUACCUUCUUAUAAGACAAACCUAUUAAAUCUAAGCACAAGCGAGGGUUAUUGUGUAAUUACGCAAUUCCUAUGGACACUUUCCAGAUCCAUCAUAUUAAGACCAGUUCCAUUGUAUUGAGUUUUCAUCGAAAUUAUCGGAUGCAAAAUGCUUGCAAAAUGGAUAAGAAAUCAAGAAAACAAUUAUAAAUUUUGGGUUAAGUACCUAUAUUGUUUGUAGCAAUUAACAAAAAAUAUCACUUGCUUCAACGGUGAAAGAAAACAUCGUGAGGAAACCUGCAUGCCUAAGAGUUCUCUAUAAUGUUCUCAAAGGUGUGUGAAGUCCACCGCACUGGGCCAGCGAGGUUCACAUUGUGGGAGGAGAGCCAUGAUCUGUAGUGGGAUGAUAUGAUGAUGAUGAUGAUGAUGAUAAUGAGUGAGGAAAACAAUAAUAUAGCUGAGAAUAAGUGGAAAUAUUUUAAUAAAUUUAUAUUUUUAAUUUUA